UAAAUCUUUCCAGAUGGAUUCUUUGGAGCAAUUUUCACAAGAAGAUGAACAGUUCAUAGGACCGAUAAUUAAGAACAAGAAUGUGAACGUGAAUAUCAACGCUCAGGAAUUGGCUCAAGAAUUGUGGAAGAUAAUAGAGUCUCGUUUAAACAACAGCACUAGUCAUAUCACCAGUUCAAAAAGUAUUAAGAAGGAUCUCAAGGAUGCUUUAAUAUCUCUAAUGUCAGAUAAGAGAAGAAGCAGAACAUUCUCGCCCAUCUUCCAAGUGGCAAUUCAACUCGAUAAGAUAACCCAAAAGGCAAUCAUCAGAGAUUUUCCGAGCAUAAAUAAGUUAGAUGAAGAGAUCAUGGCGAGAGACAUCUUGGCAGAUAUGAUGGCCUCCCUGAAGAUGAUUCUAUCGAAACAGAUUCCGAAGACCAAUCAGAAGGAUAGUCACAAUAGAAGGAUGAUACAACGUUCUGGUAAGAUAAUAAUGUUAGACGAGGAUGAGCAAAAUUACGUAAAUGUCAGAAUGAAAAUUCACAGAAAUGACAUUCUCAAUGCUCUCCGUUAAUUCGACAUUACAUUUUAAC